CUACAUUAGGCACAUUUGGAAGAAUUUCACAAACAAAUACAAGGAUACACAUCUUAAGAAUGUGGUCUGGGCUUGUGCCAAAAGUUCAACCGUUGCAGAGUUUAAUGAUAACAUGCAAAGGCUGAAGAGAAUAAAUGAGGACGCAUGGACUUACCUUGCAAAAUUGGAUCCAGGAUGCUGGACUAAGUCAAAAUUCAGCCACUACCCUAAGCUGGACAAUAUCACCAAUAAUAUGACAAAGGUGCGGAAUGCCAAGAUAGUACACUAUAGGGGAAAACUUAUCCUCACAAUGCUAGAGGAGCUCAGAUGUUACAUUAUGCGAAGGAUGACACAACACAAAAAGGCCCUAAGCAUGUACACUGGUGUAGUUGCUCCUGUACAACAAAAAAGGAUGGAAGCCAUUAUGAAGGACACCAAGCACUGAACUGCUCAAUGGACUGGCGACGAUGCUAGACAGGUAUUUGAGGUGCAAAUGCACAUGAAGAAGCUGGGGGUGCACUUAGGUAAUAGCACAUGUACAUGUAACAUGUGGCAACUUACAGGAAUUCCAUGUGUGCAUGCCAUGGCUGCUAUUGCUAAGAGGGGAGACAGAGCAGACACAUAUAUGCACAAGUGGCUGAAGAUGGAUGCCUUCAGAGCAACAUAUGGUCAUUCCAUUAGUGCUAUCAACAGUGAAGAGUAUUGGGAGAAGUCUGGAGAAAUAAGCUCAAUCCCUCCCAAGAUUAAGAGGCCAAUAGAGCGUCCAGUAAAGAGAAGGAGACCAGAUCCAGUAGAAGACAGACCAGAGGGUACUAAGGCAAAAAAGACCUUCCGAGUCACAUGCGGAAAAUGUGGAGAUACUGGCCACAAUGCUAAGACCUGCAAAGGAGCUCCUAAGGCUGGAACUAAUCCUAAAGGAAAGGUCAAGGGAAAAUCCAGGGAAAAGUCAACUACAACACAAGAAGAGGUUCAUGUUUCUCAAUCGGCACCCGUAACUCAGGUAUACAUGAAUGACACUUACCUUCUUCUGCUAAAUGUGUUACAUUAUGCAGCUUGAUAUGUGUGAUAACAUGCUUAGGAUUUAGGUUUUUGACAUGAAUUAAUUGUUGUGUUAUAGAGACCAACUUGACAUAUAAAUUUAGUAAUUAGGGGCCUGUUUGACUUAUAGUAGCAUUUCUAAAGGACCUAUUUGACUUAUAAAAUACAUCGUGAAGGGUUUAAUAAUAGUCCCUAAUAAAUUUGCUUACGUAUGAGGUUAUCCAGCCUGAGGCACCAACAAAUGCUACUAUACCAGAUGUUGGGAUGAAUGUGAAUGAUGCAACUGUAAGUAUGCUUGAUAAUAUGUUUCACUAUUAAUUCCUAAACAUUACUUACUAAUAUCUUAUUUUAGAAUACUCAUAAUUGUUUACAAUUCAAUCAGGGAAGACAAACUCAGCCUCAGCAGCCUUUUAGACGUCCAAAGCAGACAAUAAUUAGACCCAAGAGACAGUAAAGUAUGAGUGUUGAGACAAUGGCAGCUGCAAGUAGUGGCACAACCUCCAGAAUGUUCAAAUUCAUUCCAACGCCCGGACUGAACCUCUCUAAGAAGAAAUGAUGCUUUGGAAGAAAUUUAUUGUGAAAUGGACAAGAUAUUGUUUACUCUUGUUAUUUUGAAGAAAAUAGACCUCCACUUUUAAUACCUUUUGUGCACCACUUUACAUCAGUGUGUGUAGAAGGAAAUAGACCUUCUUUAUUUUGCUAACAUUUUGAUACAA